CAUGCACUUUACAUACCUACUAGUGCCUAUACCCAUCUACGCCAGCUUACCCAUACCACACUCACCGAUCUACCGAUCGUUCGAGAGAAAAAUAAAACACCUCGACGCAAACAUUUUGAAGUUACGCAUCGAGUCAUUUUUUUAAUACUCUUUAGUCUUUUUCUUUUUCUUUCUUUUUUUUUCUUGGAGAGAGGGGGCUGAGUCAUGCCAAGCGUAUUACCUCACGCCUCUUUCUCCCUCUAUCCCGAUUCUCCAUUUCUUUGCCCGUCGCGCUCCGCUACCUGGGUAAUUAGGUAGGGUGGGUAAGGUCGACCACCGACUUACCUCCUGUACCAGAAUAGUGCAAGGUAACAAAGGCAUUGAUUUGGGUACCCACCCAAGCCAUUUUCCUAGGUAUCUAAGUAUUCGAGUACAGAAAAUACAUACCUACCUACCUAAAGCAGACAGAAAUUGGAGAAUUGGGAAUAGAAACGAAGCAAGGCAGGAAAGAAAGCAAAAGCGAAAAAGAAAAGAAAAGGAAGGAAGGGGAAAAAAGAAUGGAGCUCGGCUGCUCGGUGGUAGCGCCGCUAGAGCCGCACAAGCACACGCACACGGUGGUGUUCUUGCACGGGCGCGGCGAUACGUCUCAGAACAUGGCGGACGCGCUGUUGCGGUGGACGCGGGACUCGCGCGGGCGCACGCUGAUAGACGAGUUCCCGUCGGUUCGGUGGGUAUUCCCGCAGGCCGAGCCCAGCAUCGUCGAGACCACCGGCGAGGAGUGGCCCCAGUGGUUCGACAUCUGGAACAUCCUCGACAUGACCGACAGGGAGGAGCUGCAGGCCCUCGGGCUCAAGGAGAGCGUUGAGAGUGUUAGGCGUAUCGUCAGGAGGGAGGCUAGGGCCGUCGGCGGGUACGAUCGCGUCGUGCUGGCUGGAAUCAGUCAAGGGGGCGCAACAGCGGCGCAUGUCCUGUUGCAUUUAGGCGCGUUGGAGGAUGGUGAGGGAGGCGAAAGCUAUGUCGAGAAGAGCGUCGAUGCCGAUGCGAAGGCGGAAGAGGAUAGACCGCCGAAGUUAUGCGGGCUCAUGGGCUUUUCGGCCUGGUUACCUUUUCCCGGAGGUUCGCUCGACGAGACGAGGGAAGUCUUAGGAUUGGAGGAGUUUCUGGAUAGCAAGAGCGACGAGCUGGUAAGGAACACGCCGGUAUUUGUAGGGCACUGCGAGAAUGACCCACUCGUGUUCAUCGAGUACGGACAACAGUUACGGGAUGGGCUCGAAAGCUUUGGCAUGAAGGUCAAGUGGCAUGAGUACCCGGACGGGGGACACUGGUUCAACGCGCCGUUCGGGAUGGACGAUGCGGUGGAGUUUCUAAAGGCGCAGGGAAUACCUAUGGUGAAGCAAUAGCAUGGUCAUUUCUUUGGGAGGAGUUUGGGAUUCGGGGUUGCGAGCGGACGGUGACUUGGAGAUUAAAGGAUUGAAGAAACUCGGUCCCGUGUUGUCUCGCAGCCCCUUGACGAUAUUAUCAUAAUUACCUAUAUAUGGAUAUGAUGACUAGGCUUUGUUACGAGUCUAGUAUGAUUUGACGGAUUACGAUUUGUGAAAUACCAAUUGACUAAAAGGGAGUUUAUAUAAGCCGAAGCAUCAACCA